AUUUAAUAUCUACCAAGCAUCUCUAUAUAUUUUGAUGUCUCUGUAUCGUCAAAUUCAUAAUUCUAUCUUCAGUUAGAAAACAUGGAGUUCUCUGUCCCGUUUUCAACAAGCAUAGCCACCGUCUUCUUUGCUGUUGUACUAACAUUCCUACUGAAAAUCUUGAAACCAAAAGGUGGAAAGAAAGGAGAGAACAGAGCCCCACCUCAAGCAAAGGGCAAAUGGCCUGUAAUCGGACACCUACACCUUUUAGGUUCAUCCGGAUUACCUCACAGGGUGUUAGCUAAAUUAUCAGAAACAUAUGGCCCUAUCUUCACCAUGAAGCUUGGUGUUCACAAUGCUUUGGUAGUGACUAGCGGCGAGAUAGCAAAAGAGUGCUUUACAGUAAACGACAAGGCCUUUUCAAGUCGACCCAAGUUGAUGGCAGUGGAACUCAUGGGCUAUAACUAUGCCAUCUUCGCUCUUACUCCUUAUGGGGACUACUGGCGACAAGUGCGCAAGAUCAUCAUGCUCCAGGUUCUCUCUCCAAAACGAGUUGAGAUGCUUGCACCUAUUCGUGUUUCAGAGCUUAGAGCAUCCAUGGCAGAGAUAUAUGAGGCUUGGUUAAAGAAUAAAGAGACUACAGGAUCAGACGCUGUGAAGCUUGAUAUGCAAGAAUGGUUUGGGACCUUUAUGUUGAAUGGUCUUUUAGGGGUUGUUGCUGGAAAGAGGCUUUCGCUCCAUGAUGAAGAAGGGGUUCGAUUUCAAAAUGUGGCUAGGAAAUUCUUUCAGUUAUUAGGCGCAUUUGUGGUGUCUGAUUUUAUUCCAUCUCUGAAGCGUUUCGAUAUAGGAGGAUACGAGAGAGAUAUGAAAAAAACUGGAAAAGAGAUGGACGAGAUCUUUGAUGGGUGGUUAGAGGAGCAUAAAAGAAAGAGAAAGUCUAAGCAGCAAAACGAAGGCAACCAAGUCCUUAUGGAUGUGCUCAUUUCCAUUGUUGAAGGUUCUUCCGAAGAGGAAUUCCCGGGUCAUGACCAUGAUACUAUAGUCAAGGCUACAUGUUUGACCAUGCUAAUUGCUGGAUUGGACACAACAGCUGUGACUUUAACAUGGUCUUUGUGUUUGCUGCUUAACAACCCAAGAACUAUAAAAAUUGCCCAAGAUGAAAUUGAUGAGCAUGUUGGAAGGAAUAGGCCAGUAGAGGAGUCAGACCUAAAGAAUUUAGUCUACAUUGAUGCGAUCUUCAAAGAAACAUUGCGUCUAUACGCACCUGGACCUCUUGGGCUUCCUCAUGAAACCAUGGAGGAUUGUGUUGUUCAGGGCUACAAUAUCCCCAGUGGAACACGUUUGCUGUUAAACCUUUGGAAAAUUCAUCGUGAUCCAAAUAUUUGGCCAAAUCCGGAAGAAUUUAAGCCUGAAAGAUUCCUGACAACUCAUAAAGAUAUUGAUGUCAAGGGAAACCAUUUUGAAUUGCUUCCUUUUGGUACUGGAAGAAGAGUGUGCCCUGGUAUUUUAUUUGCUCAGCAUGCUUCACGUUUAGCGUUAGCUACUUUAAUACAACAGUUUGAGAUGAAAACCCCAGGAAAUGAACCCGUUGAUAUGGAAGAGAUCUUUGGAGUGACUUGCAGCAAAGCAACCCCACUUGAUGUUCUCCUCUCCCCUCGUUUGUCACUUGAUAUGUACCCUGUUGGUGCAUGA